GCGUCACAUCCGGUGCAACCCGCCUGGUAGCAGCAGCAGCAGAGCCUCUUCUGGGAAGUCAUUUUUCAUGCUCUGUGAUGAUAAGAAACAGCUGCAUACUCUUGAUAAAUUGAAAGGAUAAACCGCGACAUUUCAGCUGAGUGGGCCCUGACCCUCUUCUUCUUAACAAAACUAAAAAAAACAUGGAGGAACAAACUGCAGACAUAGAGGUGACAGUCAAAACACUAGACUCCCAAAGCAGAACCUACACUGUUGGUGCUCAGUUGACAGUGAAAGAGUUUAAAGAACACAUUGCCCCUUCAGUGGGGAUUCCUGUGGACAAACAGAGGCUGAUCUACCAGGGCAGGGUCUUGCAGGAUGAAAGGACUCUGACAGACUACAAUGUAGGUGGCAAAGUGAUACACCUUGUGGAGCGGGCGCCACCGCCGCCGUCCCAGCCUGGCUCCGGGUCAGGAGGAUCUUCAGCAGAAAGUGGGCCGUCGUCUUCCUCCCAGGGAACAUCACAAGUGCCUCCACAUGAUCGCAAUGCUAACAGCUAUGUGAUGCUUGGCACCUUUAACCUCCCCGUCAACAUCAUGGACCCCCAGCAGAUACAGAUGUCAGUUCAGCAGAUGGUGUCUGGCAUGGGAGAGAAUGCCAGGAAUGCCAGAGUCACAACCAGCACUGGAAGCAAUGGGUCCGUGAAUGUGCACAUCGAUAUGGACCAACCCGUGCAGAGCGAGCCGAGGCUGAGGCUGGUGCUGGCUGAGAACCUGCUGAGGGACAUCAAUGAGGUCGUCCACAGGAUGGAGGGUCGAGGGCCGAGUGAAGCUUCCUCCUCCCAAACAGACACAGCCUCUGCUGCGUCUGCUCCCCCUCCACCCUCCUCCUCAUCAACCAGCUCCACUCCUUCUCCCUCUGCCCAGCCCAUGGACACCUCCCCACCUCCAACAACUCCCCCACCUCCACCCACCUCUUCAGCACAAUCUGAGGGACCAACACCCCAACCUGGACCCAAUCAUCCAAGCCCGGCUGAUUUGGCAGAGAUGUUAUCCGAGCUGCGCAGGGUGGAGGAGAGACUGCAGCCCUUCAUUCAGAGAGCUCACACCAUCCUGGAGACAGCCACCACCGCAGAAUACAACAAUAACACAGAGAGAGAGGAUGACCAGCGCAACCUUGUCAUGACAUGGGAGUGUCUCCGUCUCCUUGGCAACGCCCUUGUGGCCCUCAGUGACCUGCGACUGAACCUCAUGAGCCCAGUGCCCCGCCACCUACACGUGGUGCGGCCAUUUUCCCACUAUGCCACCCCAGUGACUAUGCCUGGAGCUGUGCACCACCACAUCCCUGUGCAAAUGAACUUGGGUGCCACAGUGACAGUUGGGCCUAACGGCGCGGAGGGACAAGCCCCGCCCACCCAUUCAGCCAACCAGGCUGAGCAGGCAGGUCAGGGACAGACCACCCCCUCACAGACCUCCCCUUCCAAUCAACAGGCUGGACAGGGACAGGCUGGCCCCCGGGUCAUCAGAAUCAGCCACCAGGCAGUCCCGGUGGUCAUGAUGCAGAUGAACACGGAUGGUUCAGGUCCAGGAGCAAAUCCUGCUGCAGCUGGACAGCAAAUACCUGGACAACCAGGUGCCCUCCCUCCAGACUUCAUGCGGAACCUCAUGCAACAGAUCAGCCAGUAUGCUGCCGCCGUAGCAACUAGCGCUGCCACCGCUGGCCACCCAGUCCCACCGCAGCCCACCCCACCUGGCUACAGCUCCACAGCAAACUCCUCCACUACCACCACAGGUCCCAACACACCCACCACCACCCCUACUGCUCCCCCACCUCCUCCUCAUACAGGCCCCCAGCCUCAAGCCAGAGUUGUGUUCACCCGACCCCCGUUCGCACCGAACAUGGCCCCUCCAGCCUUCGGUCCCCGGGGCACCACCAUCAAUGUGAGGGCUGCCAUGCCGGGACAGCAGCCGGGACAGGCUUUCAACCCCGCUGCUCUUAACCAGAUGAUUAGUGGACUGGUUGGACAGCUGUUACUGCCAGGACAAAUGCCUGGUCAGACCGUCACAUCCUCCUCAUCCACGUCCACCUCCUCCUCCUCCUCCUUCUCCACCUCCUCUCAGAACUCCUCAUCCUCUUCCUCCUUUUCUUUCUCCGCCUCAGGUCCAACCCCUCCACCCACCGCAAACGCUACUGGUCAGCCUGACGCCAACCCCGGUGAGCAGCAGCCCCAUGAGAUGCCCCCAGACCUGAGCCAGCUCCUGGGUUCUCUCCUGGGUGUGGCCGGUGGGGCCGGUGCAGGACCUGGAGGAGCCCCUUCCAUUACUGUGACCACAUCAGGGGUCCCAGCCUUCAUCCAGGGAGUGAGUGAGUUCAUGCAGGCCUCCCAGCCCAUCUUCGCUCCACCUGCACCUCCCUCUGGUACCACUCCUGCUCCUGGUGCGGGCCAAACCCCCAUCCCAACCCCCCCCGGGGCAGCUGAAGCCCUCAACCCGGAGCUGUUCACGGGCAUCGUCCGUGGCGUCCUGGGCACCAUGAUGGGCUCCCUGGGUCAGGCCCAGAACGACACAGAGAGCAUCGCACAGUUCAUGCAGAGGCUCUCCCAGGCGACCAACAUCUUCAUCAGCCCAGAGGAUCCCACUGGGUUUUUUGGAGAGCUGCUGAUGCUGGUGUGCCAGACGUUCACCAUGUCUGACCUGGUGAUGCUGCUUCAUGGUCAGCACCAGCCCCUCGGACGCAUCCAGCCCCAGCUGUCCCAGUUCUUCACGCAGAACUACCUCAACGGCAGAGAGCCCACCGAUGAGAACAUUGUUGCUGCUGCUGACAGUCUUGUCAAUGAACUGGAGGAGUACAUCACUGAGAGCUUUAGAGAGUCUUCAGUCACAGUGUUGGAGGGCAUUGAUGCCACUCAGACCAACAUGUCCUUCUUCAGAACGCAGCUGACACACAUUGCCACACAUAUCCUGCGAUGCCAUGAUGACUCAUUUGGGCCGCAGCUGCUGCAGAUGUGUAACCAGGCACUGUUUGAAUGUCUGGCCCUCAACCUGUACUGCUUGAGAGGAGACCAGAGAGCUCUCACUGCUGUCAUCAACCACAGAAUACGGAGGAUGUCGAGCGACAUCAGCCCCAGCCUGGUUAACUGGAUGACCAGCAUGAUGACGAUGAGGCUGCAGGUCAUUCUGGAGCACAUCCCUGUCACUCAGGAGCAGAUCCAGAACUACAUCAGGUUCAGAUCUACAGAUCAGAGAGAUCAGUCUUCUGCCGCUGGCACACAAGAGCCCGAACGAGCACAAAGUGCAACGAUUGGGGACACCCUCUCACCGGCUGCAGCCACCACAGCAGAGGAGGCCAUGUCGGUAUCACACGACACGAGGGCGUCGUCACGGGAAACAAGAGUGUUGCCAGGGGACCUGGGCGCCUCAGGAGGAGCCGCGCCGUUAGGUGGCGACAUGGCAGCAGCGGGAGCCGAGGGAGGAAGUGAGGAAUCUCCCCGAGAGUCUGAGGCCUGGGCUGCUGCUGUUCCACCUGAGUGGGUGCCCAUCAUCAGGUGUGACAUGAUGACCCAGAGGAAGAUGAAGGCUCAGCCUCCGCUAUCUGACGCCUAUCUGCACGGCAUGCCGGCUAAACGCAGGAAGACAGGACUGGGCGGUGGAAGCCUCCUCUCCCUCUCUGACGCAGUGAGUCAAGCAGCCAGGACAGCGGGAGUGAAGCCCAUCACUUCUGCAGAGGAGCUACAAGAUGAUCUGGAGACCCAGGAUAUGAAGGAAGCCUACGCAGAGCAGGUUAAAUCAGACAUCAAGAAGCGAGUGAGGGAGGACCCAGAUUUCAACUCCCAGAAGUUCCCCAACUCACACAGAGCUUUCUCAUCAGACUCAUAAUCAUGUACAACCCUCAUCAUUCACUUCUUCAUCUUUAUUUUUUUUAUUUCUUUGAUCAUAAUUCGACCACCACUUAAAGCAGCUUCACCCC